GCAGCAGCAAGCACGAUACCCUCCUCCCAUGCAGCAGCAGGCACGAUAUCCUCCUCCCCUUCAGCAGCAACAGCAAGCGGCAUUCCCUCCUCCACAUUCGUACGCUCCGUAUCCUCAGGCUCAGGCGCCAUAUCCACAAAAUGCGAUGCAACCAUAUGCCAUGCCCUUUCCCGGCUAUCCGCAAUAUCUACCACCACCACCUCCACCACAUGCCGUGUACGCACAGCAGCAACAGCAAGCAAUGGCUAUGCCCAUGCCAAGACCCCCACCGCCAGUUAUCCCUGCCGCGGCACCACAAAGAUCAUCAACAGCAACCAGCGACCGAUCAUCGACCGGCACAUUCAUCCUGCGACAAAGUGACCAACAAUCGAAUCCAGUCAGUAGCGUUCACUUCUACGAUCACAACAAUAAGUAUCAUCGCACGUACGAGGCGCCCGUCCAGUCAGUGCAAUUAAAUGGCCCAGAUCCCAGACUACCGAGUGCCAUGGCCCAGGCGCUGGAUGAGAAUCAUCUGAGAGGACUGCGCGAACAAGAGCUGGACCAGCUCAGAAAAAAAUGCGAUAGGCGCGGUCAGAGGGCCCUGGAACGCGAACAAGUGAGACGGGACUGCGCGGAGUUGACCGAAAAGCUGGAGGCUUUGUCACAGCAGCAACCGAAUCUACUGCCCAGCGAUGCUAACUUUAUAGCCGGUCAUCGCUUUGCGGAUUUGGCUGCGCGACGGGAGCACAAAAUGAACGAGGCCAUGGAGGAGAUGUUGCUGCGUCCGGCCAUUGUUACCUGCCCUGAGGUUGGGGGCAAUACAGCAGCUGCCAGGCCCGGCAGGAGCAAGGUCACCGCACCCAAUGCCAUCAAUUUGGGCGAACGUCCAGAUAGAGGGGCGGGCUUUAAGGGCAGCUCAGAUAGCUGCUGCUCCAUGCUGCUCGACUAUGUGGACGAUCAGAGCAAGCAGCUGCGCUCGGAUCUCAGGGCAGAGGACGCCAACACCCCGAAAUCACUGAGAUUGAAGAACUUACUGGACCGCGUGGAACAGAUACGCACGCAAUUGAUGGAGGAAUUGAAGGCAGGCGAGCGACCCGACUCCCAUGCAGACAAGGACAAGGCGGUGCUAGACGCCAUACGGCAGGAGCGUGAGGAUAUACUGACCGAGAAGGCGCGCACCCUAAACGUACGGGAAACGGAACUGGAGCAAAAGGAAGCACUGCUCGAGCAGCGUCUGAAAAAGUUCUACAAAGAGCAAAAACAAAAGAAGAGCAGCGACAUCGAAGUCAAUUCCAAGAAUGGCGAUAAUCCAGUGAUCAUCAUUAAGGUCAACAGCGAUGGCACUGUCAAGCAGUGUAAGCCCAAGAACAAGUCGAAACCCACAGGAAGAUCUACGGCCAUAGAAAGCAUACCCACGGAGUCAGCGCCAACGGAACCCAAGGAUCAGCGUCAAAACUCCAUCGAUUCGAAUUCCACAGCCUACCGGAGUCUGCCACCGAUUAGCUAUAAGAAUCCGAUUGCCCCAGCGACUGCAACUGAGGGGCUGCCCACGCCAGUGGAUCCCUUGAUUGCCCACUAUAUACAGCGUCUGCUGGGCAUGACACGGCGCUCCAUGCAGGAGCUAAGUGCCAGCAGCUCGGAAGUGCCCACGCCCGAUCCAUCCAUAAUCAAUGUAUCCGCGAACAUAUCCAAAGAGGAGACUGUUGCCGAUAAGCUGCGCGUGGAGCCUGCACCUGCACCAGCACCUGAGGCUGAGACUGUGACUGACAGGCUGAGCGUGGAGCGUGAGGGUCAGACUGCAGCGGACAAGCUGCGCGUGGAGCGCGUGGAGCGCGUUCAAGCUUUCAUUCAGGACAAUCGCAGUUUCGUCGACGAGCUGGAGGACACAAUGCGCAGCCAGCAGCAACAGCAGCAGCAGCAGGACAAAGAGAGUAGCAUGCAGGCCUUUGAUCAGAUUUGGAACAAGCGUUUGGCCAACAAGGUGGUACCCGAUACAGCUCGCACGACAAAGGAGACGGCCAAAAGGCACAAAGAGCGCAGCCGUGAGCGGGUGCAGCCUCGUCCUAGCAGCAGCCGGUCAAGUUCAUCCAGAAAGUCUGCUACCCCAGCUGCCCCGGCCAAAAGAACAACCCCAUCUGCAGUGGAGAAGUCGGAUAAGCAGGCCCCUGACCAGGAGCCGGCCGAUCUGCAGAUUGAACGAUAUGCGCAACUCACCGAGAACUGCACGCACCGCAUUGCCGAGCUGACGGAACUGAUCACCAAAGUGCGCGAGGAGAAGCAGCGCUUGGUGGAGGUGACCUUGACAUCGGCCAGUGAUGGCGAGCGCCAAUCCACGGAAUACUUCGACCUGCCGCCCGGGCAAACGCAGCCGCAGCGGGACACCCAGCGGCAGCCCAGAUCUAGGACUCUCUCGGAGCGCAGCGACAACACAACGCCUUCUACCUCGGAGGCUCUUCCGCUCAUAAAACACAAGCCAAUGGGGGCCAGCCGAGACAGUGGUAUCUCCGAAUCGCGUCCCAUUACGGCUUUGGGGCAGGUAAAUGUCGAGCUAGAGCCGCCCUUAUCCACACAGAGCACCACACAGCGACGGGGUAGGGCACCACCGGCCACCAUACGCCGCUAUAGCCCCCAACUGGAUGCGGAGGAUCUGGCCCACGAACUGUCCACCAUAGCGGAGGUGGAGACGCCCGGCCAGUCGCAUAUAGUGGCUGCCACGCCAGUGCCAAAGCCGUUUCCCAACUUCGAUGAUUAUGCACGAGAACUGCGGCUGGAUCUGUCCCACCUGGAUGCCGAUCAAAGCCAGAAGCUGCAAAGGGAUUUCGAUGAGCUUGUGCAGGCCAUCAAUAAGCGUUGCGGUGGCCUCAACUAUCGCGAGUUUCCCAGCAUAAGUGCAUACCUGCACAACGUGACGACCACACGGCUGCAUGUGGAGGUGACGGACCAAGGCACAGUGACGACAGGAGAGCUCAUGCGGCAGUUGCGGCUGGACAGUGUGCCCAUCGAGGACUUUCCCGAUCGUCGGGAAUACAUGCAAAAGUUGCUCGACAAUGUGCCGGCCGAUCAAAGGGAACUGAUUGAUUCUGCGAGCCUCGAGAAUGAUUCAUCGGAUUCGUUUAAUGUGGAAAAGGAACUGCGGCAACGUCGCAUCGUCAGGCGCUCGAAUGGCGCCACAGAAGUCAUCACCAGCCAGGAAGUGGCCAGCAGUACGCGCAGAGAAAGCGUGCCACCCGACUCGACGGAACCGCCCAAUGAGAGCGGCAUUGAUCAGCUCACUGGCAGCAGUUUGUCCCGAGAACUGGACCGGGAACUGCAGCGCAUCGGCGUGCAGUGGCCCAGCACGAGGCGUCAGCGGCAGGCAGAGCCUGCCUCCUGCAGCAGCAGCAGCUCCAGCUCGCCACGCUCACACAGAAGCCGCCUCCGAGGCGGUCAGAGUCACACCUCGGCAAGAAAGUCGACACACACAACGUCCGAACGAUCCGCCCAGGAUGUCAGCCAAAUUGGACGCUCCCUAAACCUGCGCGAGUUUCUCACACGGGAACUGCUCAAGCAUCAUGUGGGACUGGUGGACAGCUCGGAUGAUUCCCUGAAGAGUAGUUUUCUUCAUUCCAUCAUCGAUUCGCAUUCAAGCUCACGGCCGAGCCCCAGCCCAGGCCAUGGCACAGGGGCCACCAAUGACCGACAAAAGACCUCGACUCCCAGGGGCUCCUUCCUGACGGUGCAGGAAAAAUCGGGUGGCUCGUGCUUGCAAACGCCACAGGAAACGCCUCGCCUGCUGCCCUCCGGCUCGAACUCGCAACUAUUUUCGGGCGAGAGUCGCAUUUCACUGAUCAAUUAUCCGGAUGGCACACCGCCUGUGCCCUUCGGCUCGCAGCAUCAGCAGAGCGCCAGGGCGACAUCCUCCACAGAUCUUACACAGAUAUCGACUAGGAAAUCGGAAACCAAACGGAAACCAAGCUCCAAAUCACCACGAAAAUGAUUCAGCAUAGCUCCCCUACGGGUAAUUGUAACCCAAACGGAAACUUAGCUCCAGAUCACCAAGAAAUGGAUUUUUAAUGGAUCCUCCACAGCUCCUACACAGAGAAGAGCUGGCAAAUCGGAAGCCAAACAGAAAUCAGCCUCCAGAUCACCACAAAAGCUUUUUUAUGUGUCCUCUAGGAAUGAAUUUUAUGCAUUUAGCUCAAGGGAUUUUAAUUUUUAGCAACAAAUUUUGUAUGACAAUUAUUUAUAUUUUUAAUAAACUGCAAUUAUU